GGCAUCGCCAGUCGUUGGGUGAUAGUGUUCGGAAGCAUGUCGUCGGAGCAGCCGGAGAACACCAGCUACGAGCAGGAAUGCCAACGGGCGGAGCUGCUGGGUCUCCAGCCGCCGGAUCCCGCGGAGUUCGAGCGCAAGCGGCAGGCAAGACUGGAGCACGAGUUGGCCGAGCAGGAGGCCGCCGAGGCGGUGCUGCUGGAGCAACAAGACGAGAGCCUGGGCAAUGUGGGUGGCAAGCUGGGCGAGCUUAAUAGCAUCCUCUCCAGCACGCAGCAGAAACUGAAUCGCUUCAAGCAAACGGCGUGUGGCAGUUUGACCAACAUAUUUGCCCGGACCAGCUCGGGCUCGGUGGAUCUUUCGGCUGGCAUUGGUAGAUCGGGCUCAAUCGCCUCCAGCCAGGAGGAGCGUCCUCCUGUCCAGGAACAGCCGCUGGCCAAGCCCCCGCCGACGGCUGCCGAGGUCAGCGCCGCCAAGGCGGCCAAGCAGAAGCGCAUGGACUCGCAGCUGGACAAGCUGGACGCGCUGAUCAACCAGGCGGACAACGCUCAGAUUGCCAUGAGUGAGCAGACACAGCAGAUGCGCCGCCUGGCCAAGUGAAGUGCCCCCCUGAGCAGGUGAUGAUCCAUUGCUGACCCGCGAAGCCCACAAAGAAACACGCGUUCGCUUCAUGAAAUGAAUGUGUAUAUGAUGCCAACUUUAUUUAUCCUCACUCCUCCUCAGGUGAUCCUCGUCGCCUGAUCCUGGGCAGCCUUCUUCUCCUCUUCUUUGUUUGGAUGAACACAUGAGUUUCGCUUAAAACUAAAUACAAGUUGAGAUUACCCAAAGCGUCUUCAAUCACAUUUGUCGAGUAAUUAUGCGAGUAAUGUAUGACUGUCAGCAGUACCGUCUUACAGUCCCGGCGCGCACUGCUCCGCCUUACAUUCAUCCCAUUGACUUUAAAUAUAUACAUAUAAGUAGGUGUGUUCCCAUAUACUUUACAUCAGAGUUUUAAAAUUAAAAUGUUUCUCGGCUAUUUGUUGACAUGUGUAGUUAAGAACAGAAUUACAAAUGUUGGACAAUAAUGUUUGUGUGUAAUGUUUGCGUAGCUAAAUCAUAGUUCUUACAUAUUCUGUUUUAAUCUUCUUUCUGGAAACAUAUUGAAGCAUAUUACUAUAUAUUUAUAAUAUAUGUUAUUCGUAAGCAAUAACUUUUUUUUUUCGCUUAGUUCCUAUUCAUUUUUUUUGGUAAGUCACAUUUCGGAAAACUUGUUAAUUCAGUUCUUUGAAAAUAUAUUAAAAUUGAAUAUUUUCAAUAUUUCAAUUUUACUUUAUAACUACUAUUACUCUACUCUUAUUUUUUUCUCGUUAACUUAUGUGAAUUAAUAGGGAACGUCAAAGUGUAAACAAAAGCAAACAAUCUUCUUUCUUUUCUUCAUAACAUGUGCAGUGCGUUUCGCAGCUGUAAGGCCAAGACUUUAACAUGUCGCAUUGGACUUACAGUCACGGAACGCACUGCAUUUGUGCUAGUACAUACAUAUAGAAGUCGUUUAUCCAGCUAAUACUUGUUGCAAAACGUUUGUUAAACUAUAUAUAAUAUACAUAUAUGUAAAACGAGUCAAGCAAUAAAA